AAUGUUGGUAAUAUCUGGUAUUUUAGUUAGUUGUGCAAAGAUUGGCAACACUCAUUCGUUAGUUGUUGGAGUUGGAUGUUGGUACUACGAUAAUAAUGUCAGAGAGAAAUCUCUGAUAGAGAAACGGAAUAAUAAUCAAUUAAAAUCAAGAUUUCUUACAUGAAAGACUUUAAGGAUAGGAAUGAAAAUAAUAAAAUGGAAUGAUAUUUAAUAUCCGGGAAUAGCAUAAUUGUUUCAUACAAUCCAUUCGUAUAAAAGGAAUUACAUAAUGUUUACAAUGGGAAAAUAUAUUCUAGUACUAUUCUUUUUUUCGUACAUAUAUCAAUUUGAUGGCGUACAAAUUGAUUCUCCUCCAGUUGUUCUAUGGCAUGGAAUGGGAGACAGUUGCUGCUUUUCAUUUAGUUUGGGAGGAAUAAAAAAAUUGAUAGAGAAUAGAAUACCUAACAUUUAUGUGUAUUCCAUUCGAUUGGGAAAUAAUGAAAUAGAGGAUGUUGAAAAUAGUUACUUUGGAAAUAUUAAUGAGCAGAUACAAGAAGUUUGUCAACAAUUGUCGAAAAAUGAACGUCUUAAAAACGGUUAUAAUGCAAUUGGAUUUUCUCAAGGUGCUCAAUUUCUGAGAGCCGUAAUUCAAAGAUGCCCCAAUCCUCCAGUUAAGAAUUUCAUCUCCUUGGGUGGUCAACAUCAAGGCGUUUUCGGAUUGCCAAAUUGCGGAACAUUGAAACCUAAGAUUUGCAACUAUAUAACUCGCAUGAUCAAAUAUGGAGCUUACUUACAAACAGUUCAAGGAAAAUUUAUUCAAGCAACGUAUUGGCAUGAUCCAUACCAAGAAGAAGAAUAUAAAAAGAAAAGUAUGUUUAUGGCCGACAUCAAUAACGAGCGUUAUAUUAAUGAGAGACGCAAUCGGACGACUUUCACUCCGCAACAGCUUCAAGAAUUGGAGUCGCUGUUCCAGAAAACGCACUAUCCUGACGUUUUCCUAAGAGAGGAAGUCGCUCUUAGGAUUUCACUUUCAGAGGCUCGUGUUCAGGUUUGGUUUCAGAAUCGACGAGCGAAGUGGCGGAAACAAGCCCGAUUGCAAUUGUUGCAAGAUGCAUGGAGAAUGCGAUGUUUGGGAUUAGGAAGUGCAGCACCCCUUCUUUUAAGGCCGCCACCUACAGCAUCUUUGGAACGACCUGAUGCUGCGACACCACCACCCCCGCCGCCUCCACCUCCGCCGCCUCCACCGCCUUCAGCCUCUGCUUCUACCAACGGACCACCUAUAACUAUAACGGCGAGCAACGCGGACAAAAUACCUGACGCUUCAACUUUAUCCGUUUGCAGAGAUUACAGGAUUCUUCCACCUCCUCACGGAUAUUCUCUGACCUGUGAAAAGUCUCCAGAAAGAAUGAAAUGUGGUUGUGGUUCUCCACCAAGAAUAUGCGGCAGUCCAGUAGAAAGAGACAUCAAUUUAACCGCUAGAGAUAGGCCUCAAGAGGCUGAGAUGGAUCUCACCGUGAAGGGUCCACCCAGGCACACACCGACCGCUACUUUAUUCCAUCAGCUACCCCAACAAGAACUCAGUCCAUCGCAAAAUGUCGACGAACCUUUGGACGUUACACUUAAUGCUAACAAAAACAAUUAAUUGUUUCUUGUUACGUUAGCUUUAUAUAAUUCAGUUUCUCACUUGCGACUUAUUUAUUAUUUCUUCACUUUUUCACUCGAAAGAAUCAAAUAUCUACAAUGGACAAAUCAGCUGUUGAAAAAUCUUUGUUCUAAAGGUACGUCGUUAAAAUUUCAAAUAAAAAUGCUACUUACAAUUAUAUUAAAGUACUCAAGUAGUUAGUUUAAAAUUGAAUAUUUCUCCACGAAUAACUUUCACUUUAUAUUUGUAACAUUAUUAUUUUUCGAUCUUGACAAUGUUACAAGUGCUUCGUUAGACACAGUAUUUUAGGUAAUCUCACUAAAAAUCCUUAUAUAGUCUACAUUCUACAUUCUCUUCUUGCUCAAUAUUUUACAAAACUACGAAAUAUCUCAAUCAUUAUUUAUUGUAUGUUGCGUAAUUUUUAUUAUCUCAUAUAUUUUUAUUGGGAUAAAAAAAUAUAGUUUAUUUUCUUUUCUACACAACUAGAAAUGUACAUAUAAUAUGUAUAUGUUUUUCUUUAUUGUCUUUCAUUGUCUCAAAUUAUAUUCAUUGAUAUAAUGUAUUAUUAAGAAUGACAAUUGAUUAUAUAAAAUGUACUAUUUAUUUUAUUGUUAUAGUCAAAACGUCUCUUUCUUUUUAAAAAAUAUGUGAGAAGUAAUGGAUUUUGUAAAAGUUAUGUGAUUUUAGAAGCACAUGGUAAUGAACAAACUUUUUUCUAUAAAACAAGCAUUCUAAAAAUACAUUAACCAUUUAAGCGAUUAUGUCGCAUGCGUUAAAAAUGAACUCAAAUCGCAUUCAUAAAAAAAAUGACGGAUAUAAUCGGUUUAUAAAAAUUUAUGUCGAGUAAGUUGUGCUAUGAGAUUGUUCUGCGUUGGUACCUUCCAAUAUCUCAUUACACUAAUCGUCUUCUUUAAACUUAUUUUUUCCUGUUCAAUAGUAAAUUCAGCCCUCAAAAUACUGUAUUGAUUAUAAUGGACAUACGUAUACGCUAGUGGAAAAAGAUUCGUGCCACUGUGAAGUACAUUGUACACUUUCAGCGAUGAACAACAACUAUAACGUUCGCGGGGUUAACCUCAGUUUUAUUUUUUACAAUUACAUAUGUAGUUAUUACCACCUAGUCAUAAUUUUAUUUUGUUAUUAAUAAAAAUUACCUACUAAAAUAAA